GACGGUGCGGCGUGACGGUCGCUUGUUUGUGGUAUCGUGCGGUCAUUCGAGUGGUGUCCUUUGCCGCCGUAGCUCGUUCGGUGUAAGAGAGAGAAAGAGAGAGAUCUCGUUGUCGACGUCGUCGUUAUAUCUCAUGUAUCGUUCAAGUACGCGGUCGUGCGCGCAGCGACUCGAAAUGUAUCAUCAGGUAUUCAUGUAGUAUCGACUGCCGCCUUACGCACGUUCGCACCACACCAUCUUCAUCGGAAGAGCAUCGUCGAGGAUAAGCUCGAGUGCACGGACGACGUCGCGGACAACCGAGAAAAAAAGGAGGAGAGCAGCAGGACGACGAGCAGGAGAGAACGAUUCGGCCGUAGCGGAAGUGAACGACAAAACACGCGACGAUGGAUCAUAAACGCGUGUACAAACUCGUGCUGACUGGAGGACCAUGCGGCGGCAAGACUACUGGACAAGCCAGAUUGUGCACCUUCUUCGAGAACAUGGGCUGGAAGGUGUUCCGCGUCCCCGAGACCGCCACUGUGCUCCUGAGCGGCGGCAUCAAGUUUACGGACCUGAACGCGGAGGAAGCGUUCAAAUUUCAGGAAAAUCUCCUGCGCACGAUGUUGCAAAUAGAAAACACCUUCUUCCAACUCGGUGAGAGCUGCUCGAGGAAUUGCUUGAUCAUCUGCGAUCGCGGCGCAAUGGAUGCCUCCGCUUUUAUCUCAAAAGACAAAUGGGAACUCAUGAUGGCCUCCAACGGAUGGAACAAUGUCGAGCUUAGGGACAACAGGUACAACCAGAUUAUCCACAUGGUGUCGGCGGCGAACGGCGCCGAGGAAUUCUACUCCACGGAAGAGCACGCGUGUCGUUCGGAAGGCGUGGAACUCGCCCGCGAACUCGACUAUAAAGCUGCGGCUUCCUGGGUUGGUCAUCCAUACUUCGACGUAAUCGACAAUUCGCAGGAUUUCGAGUCCAAGAUCUGCCGAAUGAUCGAGUGCGUGUGCCAGAAGCUGGGCAUCGACACGGGUGACCGGCUGCGCGCCAGCAGUCGCAAAGUUAAGUUCCUUGUCAAGGCGCCAUUGCCGGCAGACGACAAGUUCCCGCCCUUUCAGGACUUCGACGUCGUGCACAACUACCUCCAGAGCAACAAUCCCAAGAUGCAGGCGCGUCUGCGUAAGCGCGGCCAGAAAGGUCACUGGUCGUAUAUCCACACAAUUCGUCGACCGAAGAUAUGCGGCCAAGUAAUCGAGGUGAAGACUCAAUUGACACAUCGAGACUAUCUGAACAUGCUGUCUCAACGCGACGACUCACACUUUACUAUAUUCAAACGUCGUCGCUGCUUCCUCAUCAACAAUCAGUAUUUCCAGUUGGACAUUUACAGAGAACCAGCGCAUCCUAGGUGUCGAGGCUUGAUGUUAUUGGAGACUUAUACGGCGUUGACAGGCGAUGAACUGAAGAACAUUCUGCCGCAAUUCCUAACUAUCGUGAAAGAAGUCACCGGCAAUCCAGAUUACAGCAUGUUCAAUCUCAGCUUACGCGAAGAGUGGAACAAUACUAACAAAUAUUGCCACAACCUAAACGGAACGAUGCAAUAUGAUUCUCUAUCGUCGGAGACGAUUUUUAAACUCUCGCCAUCGAGGAUGAUCCUAAAGGCUGAAGCGCAGAGCAACGGAUUCGACGGACAUAGUAAAGCCGAAGCUAACAUUUCCGGUGCAAUCAGCAACAAGAUAAACGGUAUUAACGGCAUCAACGGCAUGCAGAAUGGUCUCCCGAACGGUAAAGCGAAGCACGCCGAGCGGUACAAUGUGAACGGCGGUAACUCGACUAUGAUACUGGACGACAGUCUACGGGAGUUGAAGAUCGACGAGUCGCAGAAGAACGAAUUCGAAGACAUAAUGCAUUAACCGCACGACAGGCGCGCGAAAAAUUUUAGGUGGCAAUAAAAACAGAAAGAGAUCUAGUAAGCUGCUCGAGUAAUCGCGCACGCAUGAACAGACCUAUCUUCUAUCGUUAUCAGCACUGACGGAUCAUCUGAAUUUUAAUCCUGGUUAUUUGUCGCAUUUGCAAAGAUUGCUGUCACUACUCAAAAUGGGUAGACAUCAAUAUUCCGAAGUAAACUUUGAUAUUUUGCUCUUUGAAUGAAUAUUUUAUUUCUGAUAAGAGAAUUUUGAAAUCAAUGAGUGUUUAGAUAAGUGUUUAGAUUCUAUAAUUCAAUUCUGUAUUACGGAAAAGAAUUAAUUAAAUCGGCGCAACUGAUAUCUCGACAGUUUCGAAAAAAAGAAAGUGACUGCCGCGUUUACAGUUACUCAACGUCACAAAUACAGCUUGAAAAUAAUAUUCGCAUGUAAUAACACUGUGAAUGAUUUCUUUUACAUUUACUGUGUCGCUGAGUAACUGACUCUGGUAUCUCACGGGUAUUAAACCAGGAUUAAAGUAGCAACUUUUAGCAACCGAUAGACCUGAAAUCUCACAUAGAUAACGUCUAUUUUUUAAGCGGGCUUGCGUGUCGUACUUAAGAGAUCUCUUUGGCGAAUAUCAUGGCCGAUAUCUUCGAAGUCUUCGUCGAAUCUGAAGUAUCCAGUGCACUCCGCGAAUUUUAUUUAAGUAUAGUGAAAUUCUCGCAACAUGUUUCAACGACCGAUUUCUUACGCAAAUUAAGUCCUGAGAGUAAAAGAUUUUUUUUAUACCUUGUUAAGACUUAAAAAAAAAAACUUCCGACUUCAAAUUAAGCAAAAAAGAAAACAUGUAAUUGAAUUCGUUGGGUUCACUGGACUCCGACGUAGUAUUUGAGGCUGAUCUGCGAAGUGCGAUAGUCGAGAAAAAGCAGAGUAUAGUUUAAAUAUAGUCUAAGUCAUUGACAAUGCAAAAUCACUGAUAACACAAGGAUAAUUUUAUUAUUCAUUAUAAAGGGGAUCGAGAUAAGUGAAGAAAUAAGUUAAAAAUGGAGUUGAAUAUCGAGAACAUUCGUAAUUUCGUAUUGAACACUCUAGAUAAAUUUCUGUCAAUUUUGAACCUUUGUCGAUUCUUAAAGAGUUUCUACGCGUAAUUUUUCAAUAUCGUAUACCUCACUCGCACCGCAAUCACAAUCAUUCGUUAUGCCAUCAUCGAAUAAGUCGUUUGGAAAAGAAAUCGCCUGGCAAUAUUUCUUGGUAAUCUUUUUUUCGCUGUUUAUACUUAAUUUUAAUAUACAGAUUUAUGUAGUCCUACUUUAUUAUUUUUGAGUUAGUGUGAAAAAUAUUUAAUGAACUAAUUAUUUCAAUCUUUUUAAAAAGUUUUUUCUGGUCUCUGAACCUGUCGAAAACAAAUUUUUAGAUACUCGAGAAAAAAAACCUUGAUGUCGUAAUUAUUAUUUUAUUGAUAAUUUCACACACGUUAGAAACUACAUGUUGAGCUCUUAGUUAUUUCUGUUUUUCGGUCAUAUAUUUAAGAGCCUUCGCAGUUUGUAUUAGAAUUUAGAUCCCUUCAAUGUACUUAAUAUUAUGCGAAAAAAGGGACAUCGAGAGAUUUAAAAAAAUAUUUCGACAAUUAUAGUAUUUCGCGUUAUAUCUAAAUUGUGUACAGUAAUUCGGUGUCGAAACUGAGGUUUUAAAACUGAGAUCGAAAAUGAGUUGUCAGAUUUUAACUCUUAUUAAUUAUUAUUAUUAUUAUAUAUAUAUACAUAUAUAUACAUAUAUAUAUAUAUACAUAUAUAUACACAUAUAUAUACAUAUUAUACAUAUAUAUACAUAUAUAUAUAUAUAUAUAUAUAUAAAUGCACACACACACAUACACAUAUAUAUGUAUAUAUAUAUUUUACUAAGUAUUAAUUAUAAUUAAUAUUAAGCCUUAAAAAAUUCUGAAAACUCUUGAAUUCGAUUCUUAAUUUAUUUCUUACGCAUUUUUAUCGGAUCAGUGAUAUAUUCUUUUUGUUAUAUUUUUUUAUGUGAUAUUAAUCACCUCCUUUCAUUUUUAUGAGGUACUAAUCAUUUUCUUUCAUUUUUAUGUGGUAUUAGUCACUUCCUCUCAUUAAUUUUUACUAUUAAAUUAUUGAAAUCGUUAAACUGUAAGAAAGCUUGUUACUCAAUUAAAAUGAAAGAUUGACACUGAUAUAAUUCAAAAAGGAAAACUUUUAUGAAUAUUGUAAAACAAUAAUUACAAGAAAUAAUGAAAUAUUUUUGAAAAAAGAAAAAAUUUUUUUUUAUUAGAAAUACUUAUGAGUAUCUUUUUUUAAUUGUCUAUUUUAGAGUAACAAUUUUAUUAUACUGUUGGAAACACACUUUCUUAUCUAUUUUAUAGAACCUUUUUAAAAAGUAAUUCUGUCUUCAUUCUGCACUUAUAUGUAUUAAAAUGUAUUUUAUUUUACGAAAUAUAUCGAAUUAAGUGAUCUUUCCACUUGCUUAUCGAGUACGUUUAAGACGUAAACGAUUUUAGCAAUUUUAUAUUUUUAAGUUUCAGAUGCCCUAUUAUCGUAUCGAAUACGAUUCUCCGGGGCCCGUGCUAUAAUUUCAUGUGUAAUCAAGUUCCUAAUUUCGAAUAGUUAAAAACUGAUAACUCAUUUUUAAGAAAAAGACAUACGCGACGACAUAGGACGAUCCGAUGAUUAUUAUAAUUAGGGCGAAUAUUUAAUGAUCAAACCUAUCAGUACUUAAUAAUAGGUGCUUGUCCUGUGUUAGUAGGUGUAAUUAAGUUAGUUGUACAUAACGCGGCGCGAUUGUUUUUCGUCGAACCUAUCUUCUUCUGUGAUUGAUUGUAAUACACGUUAUCGAUAUAUGUAAUUGCGAGAGAAGAUCUUACAAAAUCAAACUCACGGGCGAAUAAUAUGCCAACGCUGUUACAUGAAAUUAGUGAAAUUUUUUUCGAAAAGAGAGCCUCUUUUCGGCCAGCAUUAAUUUUAAGAGUCUGUUAGUCCGUGGGCUAUUUUGGAGCGUUUAAUUUUUAUCGCUCUUAAAAGGCUAGUGUAUUUAUAUAAGAAGGAACAUAUUUAUUCCUUCUUCUUUUUCCACUUUUCAGUUAGAAUGUGCUUUCAAUAUAGCUCGAAGCAUUUUUAUUCAAAAAUUUUAUAUUGAAAUACUAAGAUUUUUCAAAUUUUUUAUACCGCUAUCCAACUUUCGCGGCUUAUACUGGCUUCUUGUUCGCUCGAGUUUAUUUUUGUAAUUGAAGGUAUUCAAGACGAGAGUUGCUGUAAAGUAACUAGGUGAAAAAAAAACAGGGGCAGAAAGGAAAAACGAUGAUCGCGAUAUCCUCCUGCGUAUUUUUUGUCCGUAAACAUAAAUGGAUUUUUGUGACGACACUUUGACGCACCACGUGUCGCUCCACGCAUUUUCUACGCGCCGAACAAAACUGAUCAAGCAAAUUUCGCCACAGUUUAGAGACGAAGUGCCUGUGAAACGUUCAUUCGCGGAAAUAGAGGAAAAAGAGAAAAAAGAAAUAUAUAUGUAUAUACAUAUAAAAAAAUAUAUAUAUGUAUGUAUAAACGCGAAAGUCUAUAUUUUCAAUCGAGAGAAUGCAAUAGUGAGUCGACGCGCGCACUGAUCGCGGUUCACGCGUAUGAUGAUGGUUUUGAAAAGCAAAUAAACGUUGUACACCCACAGACAUAAGUGUCUGAAAUAAAAAAAGAAAGAGGAAUGUCGCGUA